AUGCAGCACCGUCUCACCCUUUUCCCGCUCUUGCUCCUCCUGCUCCUCCCCUACACCCAUGCCCUCAAUCCGGCUCCGCAUGCCACCCUGGCCCCAACGGCGAUAGCCAAGCGCGCACCACUACCAGGGCCUUCUCCUCCCCCUCCAGCGCCUCCUCCACCAGGGCCACCAUCACCACCUCCUCCUGCUCCAUCACCGCCGCCAGGCCCACCAGGAGGACCACCGGGAGGACCACCAGGGCCACCAGGAGGACCGCCAGGAGGACCCCCAGGGGGACCGCCCGGGGGACCGCCAGGACCGCCAGGGGGACCGCCAGGAGGACCACCCGGAGGACCACCCGGAGGACCGCCAGGGGGACCGCCAGGAGGACCACCAGGGGGGCCGCCCGGAGGACCAACAGUAACCCACACCGUCACCAGCACCGCGCUCACCACAAACACAAAAUGGGUCACCUCCACCACCGCCACCACCGCUACCUCCACGGCCACCUCCACCUCCACCGCCCCUGCAGCAGCGCCCAAGAAGAAGCCGAACGCGAUCCAGAAGAUCUUCAAGAACAUCUUCAAGAAGAAGGGCAAGAAGAAGGACGACAAGAAGAAGAAGGACAAGAAGAAGAAGAAGCCCAGAAGGAAGCACAACAAGAAGAAGAAGGGCAAGAAGAUCCAGGUCAAGCCUACGACUACCACAAAGACGGAGACGAUCACCACGAAGACCAAUGGUAAGGACACCACGCAGACGCGGACCACCACCAUGACGCUCCCCACCAAGACCGUGCGGAAGGUCGUCUACACCACAACCAUCAAGCACCGGCGCCCCGGCGGCAAGAACAUCGUCAGCACCGUGACCAAGCUCGUGACCGAGAACCCCAAGCCCAAGCCAACCAGGAGGCCCAAGAAGAUCAUCAAGAACAUCAAGAAGGUUGUGAAGAAGAUCAAGAAGGCGGCCAACAAGAAGAACAAGAAGAAGAAGAACAAGAGCAACAACGCAAAGCCAACGACGCAGACCAUCACGAGUACGGUUGUCACCACCGUUCAGCCUACACGGCCGGGGAUGGGGGCGGUUGUGGUGACGGUCGUGAGGACGGUCACCACGACGCGGAACCCGACGGCGGCGAGGAAGGGGCCGAGCAUGACGACGAGGAUUGUCACGACGACGGUCAAGCCGGGGAAGAAGGGGGAGACGGCGGUCGUGAAGACGAUCACGAGGAUUAGCAAGGUGGGCAAGACGAAGAAGAAGGUGAACAAGCUUGUGGAGAUGAUACGGAAGAAGAAGGCGAAGAAGGCGAGGAAGAAGGCGGACAAGGCGCGGAAGAAGGCGGAUGAGGCGCGGAAGAAGGCGGAGAAGGCGAAGAAGAAGGCGGAUGAGAAGAAGAAGAAGGAGGAGGAGGCGAAGAGGAAGGCGGAGGGGUCGAAGGCCACUUCAACUACUUCUUCGAGUACUACUUCGACCUCGUCGUCGUCGACGACUAGUACAACCCCUUCGACCAUUUCUUCGUCGAGUACGACUACGACGUCGAAACCAAGUACAACAACGAGCACUUCCACGACGUCCUCAACUAGCACUUCUACAACCACCUCGAGCACUACAUCCAAAAAAUAG